AACUACACGAGUAAAUAAGAAAGCAAGAAACUCUCGUCACGUUUUGAAGCGGAUAUUUGCGUCGGAUUCGCAUUAAUUUUACUUGGUUUGUUCACAUUUCGAGCGAUCCCCAUUGAAGUUUACAUAUAUAUAAGGGCCUGCGAAUUUGCUUUUCAUUAAAUUUAUAGCACUCAACAUGUCUGUGACCGAGAUUCAGAGUGAUCUCCUUGAGUUGAAACAGCUUCUCAACCAGGCAACAAGACCCCGAGUGCAAAACGCUCUGAACUUUGAAAUACGCAAGGUGGAGGCAGAAUUGCAGAAAUUCGCCGACAGCCAGGCAGAAUCUGACCAGAAGGCUCCGGCCAAAACUGCUGUAAGCAAACCCCCUACCAAGAACUACGAGGUCAAACUCCAAAAUUAUGCUUGGGACCAAAGUGACAAUUUGGUUAAAAUCUUUGUCUCUCUGAAUGGAGUGGAAGCUUUGCCUGAGGAGAACAUUUCAGUCACAAAUGAUGAAAGGUCAAUGGAGCUUCGAGUGAUUGGCUUGGAGAACAAGGACUACAUGCUGAAGAUUGUCAACCUGCUGAAGCCCAUCGGAGAGUGCACCUGCAGGACCAAGAAGGACAUGGUGGUGGUGAGCAUGAAGAAAAUCAAUCCUGGCCAGAAGUGGUCGCACAUCACCGAGACAGAGAAGAGGGCGGCGGACGCCAAAGCUCCCAAGAAACCGGAGGCGGCCGACGCGGACAUGACCGAUCCUUCGGGCGGCCUGAUGAACCUCAUGAAGCAAAUGUACCAGGACGGCGAUGAUGAAAUGAAGCGCAUGAUUGCUAAGGCGUGGACCGAGGGCAGGGACAAGCAGACACCCGACUUCAACAUCGUCGUGGAAGCGCAGAAGUUCUCUAAGUUCCGAGCGGCAAGGGCACAGAAGUUCUGUAUCUUUUGCCUGGCAGAGCGCAGAAGUUCUUUAAGUUCCACAAUCAGUUUUUUUCAGGAGAAACAAAAAACCGAUUUAUUAAAAAUGUAGAACAAAACCGAAUUUGAAAGUUUUACAACAAAAAAGAGCAUUAAAAUCUGGUCGAGAAGAUGUUUAACUCAUAAAGCAGAGGGUAUUUAUUUUAUAUUUAAAUCGCUUUUAAUAUGUGCCCUAAUAAUGCUUUCCACCGUAAUAAUUUUAUUGCGAAAUGUUUUUUUGAAUUUUUAAUAACCGAUUUUCACUAUAUUGAGCUGAUAUAAUUUAAAUAAUCAAAGUAUAUUGAAACAUACGAUUAGGUCUUGCGGAAUUGCUUUAAUGUGCAUUUGAAUUGAGACUGUCGAUGUGUCGAUUCCUCAUAAAGAACAUAGAAUGUGUUUAUUUUUGUUUCAAUUGGAUUAUAAAGGCAUUUAAAAAAAAAAAAAAUUAGAAAAUAAAAAGAGCCGAGUGUGAACCGAAAAAGUAUAAUUAUAUAUUAUAAUCAUAGCAAGCAGAGCUAAAACGUCCCACACUAUGGGAAAGGUCAAUAGAACAGUCUCACAACAUUGCUCCGAAUUGAUUACUAAAACCAGAAAAAGUAAAGAGCUAAAUAUUUGGUAUCAAUGAGUAAAUAAAUUAUAAAUUUGAAAUUCUUUUAUAAUUAUAUAAAAUAAAAUUUUAAAUUUUUUUAAAUAGAUUAUUUUUUAAUUUAUUUUUAUGAAUAAUUUACUUAUUUUGUCUUAAAUUAUAUUUUAUUUUUAAAAAUUUUGAUUAAGUUAUAUAUGUAUUUUAUAUUAUUUAUUUUUAAACGUUAAGAUUACUCUCCCGUUUUCUGCAAUAUUUCCGUUAAUUUAAAUUGAUUUUUCCAUAGAAUAAAAUGCACUUAACAAAAAUAUUUAUGGUUGCAAAAAAUUUUCAAUGAUAAUACAAAAAUAAUACAUUAUCAAAGAACACGCGCACUCAUGUAAUUAAUUAAUACUCUAAAUUAACCUCAAUUAAUCUUGCUGACCUCGCCUGAAUAUUUUUGGCCUACGCCAGUCACUGCGAAAUUUAUGUGCAAAUUAUAUCUUCAAAAUUUAUGGAAAUGAAGAAAACGGGCUUUGUCCUCAUUGAAAGAAUUGCUUUCUAUUCGGAAACAAAAUAACUCUACCAGUGCGUUUGCUCACGAAAUAGGGUCGCAUACGUAAUCGAAACUGAUAGAGCCAUUUUGUUACGACGAACUAUUUUUUUUUGACGAGGAGACGAAGUCCGUUUUCUUCAAUUCCAUAAUCAUCUCAUCGAGUGCUAAUUUCUUCAUUAUUAUUAUUUUUUUUUAAGAAAUGCAUGAAGAAUACUUUCAAAAUUUUUAAAUAAUUCCAUUUGUCAUACAAAAAUUUUGCGUAUUUAAUUUUUUACGUUCUGUUUGGAGGGCAGUUCAUUGUAAACAGCACUAAACUUGGAAAAAUGUGAAAAUUUUAGUUUCAUAAUCGGUUGACGUCUGUAUACUUAAAAAAGUGAUUUAACUUAGUGUGACCAAAUUUAGCUUAAUUUUUUCCUUUUUGCCUUUUCAAAAUUUAAAAAUCUUGAAAAUAUAAAAACAAAUUGACUGCCAGGCGUGACUUAAUUGUAAGCCGCCGCGCUCCGCGGCCCGCUCCGCUGAGAACAAAUUUUCCAGGCAGGCCAAAGUCAACUGCUACCUAAUAAUGAGGUCUAUAAACAAAGCUUUUUCUAUUAAAAAAUGAUUUAUCUCGAUUUUUUCCUUUAACAAAUAAUCAUUUUUUCAUCAGACUGCGUGCAUCAGUAAGCCAAAGUAAUGCACAAUGCAGCUUUCGUGUAUCGUAAAAACCUUUCCUUUUUAAGUUGCUGAUAAACGCAAUAUCUCCAGUAAAAAGUCUUAAAAAAUCAUAGAUUUAUGUCAAAAUGUACUUCCCCUGUUCAUUUCGAAAAAUUUCCACGAUCUAAUAUACAUAAUUUUUAUCCUCCGCGCCGUACGCGCGCGACGCGAACACAAGAACUCUUUGGCAAGUCCACUCGAGUGAAAUUAGCCAUCCGCGCCCCGCUUGCUGCCAACUUCUGGUCUAUUUAUUUCCACUUAUUGCUAAAAGAGGGCUUCCAGGCCUCACAAGUGGAUGAAAUUUUCACCAGACACGAGUCACGUGACAUAGUUAACAAAUCAUGAAGAAAAUCGGUUUGGCAAAAUUGGAAGUUAGAGAAUUUCCGGCUGCCGAUUUUCUCGUUGCCAGAACUUCUGCGCCCUUGCCGCUCGGAACUUAGAGAACUUCUGCGCUUCCACGACGACAUGUAACAUGUGCAUUGCAAAAUGAUUCAUAAUUGGAAAUUUUCUGCUUCCAAAGGAGACUACUUUGAACAUUUCUUUUGCAUUUAACUAUGGAAAUCCAUUAGAUUGUUUGAAGUCAUUGAAUUCAAUAAAAUGUAAUGGUACAUUU